CAGAACAUGAACUGAGGAGGCGUUCGUAGUACCAUUGUCCAAGCUACCCAAACGCGAAAAUCCCACAAAUGGACAGGGGGUCAAAGAGGCGGCAGGUGAAGCCUUUGGCUGAUUCUCUGUUGGAUGCUCUGGACUAUGACAGCUCAGAUGACAGUGAUUUUGAAGUAGGAGAUGCAUCAGGCUCAGAGGGCACCGGCAAUGGGAGUGACGAGGAGGGCUCAAAGGACAGUGCUGCAGGAUCUGAGAGCGACUCAGAUGCCAUUGGCUCAGCCGACGAAGAGGGCAUAGAUGAGGAAGAGACCAAAGAUUUAAAUGAAGACACUGAAGAUGAGAAAGCCAAAGAACAGUCUUUCUUAGAGGAAACCAGCAGCAAAGAAACAGGGGGAUCAUCCAGGAACCGCAAGAAAGGAGAGAAAGCCUUGGACACUGAACCAGACGGGAGUGGUACUGCCGAGGAGGGCCCGGCAGAGCCUAAAAAAUGGAACUUGCGUCGAAACCGGCCAAUGCUGGACUUCACUACGAUGGAAGAGCUAAACGAAAUUGAUGAUUAUGACAGUGAGGAUGAUAAUGACUGGAGGCCCACUGGAAAAAAGAAAGGCAAGACAUCUGGUAAAGAGAAAGGAGGAAGUGAGGAAGAGGAGGAUGGCAGUAGAAAUGAAGAUGACAAUGAGGAUGAUGAGAAUGAGACCAGUAGCAGUGAUGAUAGUGAGGAAGAAAAGAAUCCAAAGAGGAAGGCAGGCAAGGACACAGGUGCAUUUGAUGAAGAGGAGACCAAUGACAGCCACAGCACAUCCCAUGGGAAGGGCAAUGAGGACUCCCUCUUGGAGCGGCCCCAGACAUGGAGCUCCCAGAGGAUGGAGCACAUACUUAUCUGCUGUGUGUGUCUGGGAGACAACAGCGAAGAUGCAGAUGAGAUCAUCCAGUGUGACAACUGUGGCGUGACUGUGCAUGAAGGUUGCUAUGGUGUUGAUGGUGAAAGUGACUCAAUCAUGAGCUCUGCCUCUGAGAACUCAACAGAACCUUGGUUUUGUGAUGCUUGCAAGAAUGGCGUCACACCCAGCUGUGAACUUUGCCCGAGUCAGGAUGGAAUCUUCAAGGAGACUGAUGCUGGGAGGUGGGUGCACGUGGUGUGUGCCCUUUAUGUUCCAGGGGUCGCUUUCGGAGAUAUCGACAAACUGCGGCCAGUAACACUCACAGAAAUGAACUACUCAAAGUAUGGAGCCAAGGAGUGCAGCUUGUGUGAAGAUGCACGUUUUGCCCGCACCGGCGUCUGCAUCAGCUGUGAUGCUGGAAUGUGCCGCUCGUUCUUCCAUGUUACGUGUGCUCAGAGGGAAGGGCUGCUCUCCGAGGCUGCUGCUGAAGAGGACAUUGCCGAUCCAUUCUUUGCCUACUGCAAGCAGCAUGCAGACCGUUUUGACAGGAAAUGGAAAAGGAAGAACUACCUGGCACUGCAGUCCUACUGCAAAGUGUCCUUGCGAGAGAGAGAAAAGCAAGUCACACCUGAAGCUCAGGCUCGAAUCAACACACGACUCCAGCAGUACAGGGCGAAGGCAGAGCUGUCUCGAAACACUCGACCGCAGGCAUGGGUGCCCCGAGAGAAGCUUCCCCGUCCACUCACUUCCAGUGCUUCAGCCAUCCGUAAGCUGAUGCGUAAAGCCGAGCUCAUGGGUAUCAGCACGGACAUCUUCCCUGUGGACACGUCUGAUACCAGCGCAAGCAUGGAUGGCCGCCGUAAACAUAAACAGCCCGCCCUCACUGCAGACUUUGUUAACUACUACCUGGAGCGGAACAUGAGGAUGAUUCAGAUCCAGGACAACAUCGUGGAACAGAAGAACCUCAAAGACAAUCUGGAGAGCGAGCAGGAGAAGCUGCACAUGGAUUACAAUAAGCUGUGUGAGUCUCUGGAGGACCUGCAGAAUAUCAAUGGCCAGCUGAGGACCGAGGGCCAAGCCAUAUGGAGCAUGAUGGGGGGGAUCCUUGGACAGAAAUUGAACUCUCCUUCAGUCCUGAAGGCUCCCAAAGAGAGAAAGCCAAGUAAGAAAGAGGGAGAAUCACCUGGAAAGUCAUCGAACCUCCCAGCUGUACUCUACAGCUGUGGAAUCUGUAAGAAAAAUCAAGACCAGCAUCUUUUACUGUUGUGUGAUACCUGUAAACUGCACUACCACCUGGGAUGCCUAGAUCCACCUCUCACACGCAUGCCGAAGAAGACCAAAAACAGCUACUGGCAAUGCUCUGAGUGUGACCAGGCCAGCAGUGAUGAGGCGGACAUCGCCAUGGAGACACUUCCAGAUGGAACCAAAAGGUCCAGGAGGCAGAUCAAGGGACCAAUCAAAUUUAUCCCUCAAGAAAUGAGCCCAGAGCCCAAAAAGCUCCUAUUGAGAGGGACUAGAACCAGAGGCCAGAAGAGAAAACGAACAUCCAUCUGCGAGGAGGAGAAGAUUGAGGAACCAUCAGCACGAGAGCGAAGACAGAGGCAGUCUACUAUGCAGAAAAAGCCCAAAGCCGAUGACAUGCGGACCGAGUGCGCCACCUGCAAGGGCCCGGGUGACAAUGAAAACCUAGUGAGGUUGUGAGAGCCGGGCACCACCUCCUCCCCCCUUCCCUAGAAAAGGACAGAUGAGAGAGAGAGACAGGGAGAAAGAGAGAGCGAGAAGCAAAUUAACUCGUUUGAAGAGUGGCGUUUCGGGUCGAGGAGUCGCCGCAGAUGGCCACCUCUGACCGCCACCUUCGACCGUCCUCUGCCCAAAGCAGACCACGCCAUGGACUUGAUCAUGGUUAAAUGAUGGUCCGACUAUCAUAUGUGGAUUCUUUAUAAAAAUAAAAUAAAAAAUUCAAUUUGCGUUUGCAAAGGGGAAAAUCACCCCUCAUUGGAUAUUAUAGAAGGCCUUUAUAUGGAUUCUAUGUGAGGAUUAUCAGUUAGCCAGUUUGGAGGCACAUACACACCUAUAGGGCUGCUAAACGGUUCUUUCUGGAAUACGUCAACAGUGACACUGGUUUGGGGAUCAUGUACUGUAAUUGCACUGUGGAUUAAGCCGGAUCUCAGAUUUAGAGCCUUUUCACCAUUUUUGCAUUUUUGCUGUCUUCAGGCCUUGUUCAUUUUGGGCCUCCAGUACUGGCUUUUUGUUUUCAGAGAAUUUUUCCUCUGUUUCUUUCACACUGGCUGUACAAUAGUUUACACCCUCUGUCUGAACUAACUUCUGAUCACAUGACCUAAUCAACUGUGUUGACUGAGUCAAAUGUGGUUCUGAAAGCUAAUUGUGUCUUCUGUUUUUAUUGCUUUUUGUUAUGAAUGCUCCUAAUGGUCUUAGUGCUACUGUUUCUUUGCUGUCUUUUGCUUGUGUUGUGUAAAUUAUAUGGUGAAUAGUUAUUAGAUAGUAGAAAUUAGAAUAAGUAGAAUCCUUUUUUUUUUUUUUAAGUAUUGGACGUUUCUACUAGUUGUGGUAGCGGUAUUAUAGCUCAGUAUAGCUUAAUAUGAUAAUAUCUGUACUUGCACUGUAGUUCUUAAUGUAGCAUCACUAAUAAUAGCGUGAAUCUCAUGAAAACAUGUCCGGGUUACCACCAAAUUAAAAUAAAAAAUAGGAAACUCUAUUUAGUAUAAAGAAAAUGUAGCUGCUUUUAGGAGCAUUUCGAUUUUUUGCUUUGUGACUUAAUUUACGACAGUUUAGCACAUUUUCUUUACCGUUAUUGGUCACUACUUUUUACUUUUGAGUGUAAAGUCACUUUAUUCUCAUUGAUGACAAGUUUAAUUCUCACUACUGUAAUGUAGUCAUUUUUAAAAAAUUUAAAUGUACAUAAAUUU